AUGCAUAGCCAUAAAAUUAAAGAAUUAAUAAACUUCACUGAUGAUAUAAUGAAGUAAUAAGACAAAAUAUAAUACAGUCAAGUUGAUAAUGAAUCGAUGACUCUUUAGAAAAGUGUCGGGAACUUAAAAUAGUGUGAGGAAAUGACUAUAGAUACUGGAAUCGACUUAAUUAUUGAUAGAUGUUCAAAUAAACUAAGUUUGAAAGCCCUUGCAGAAUUUCUAAGUUCUCAAAAAAAUCUAAAUCUAGACUCUCUUCAUAUUCUUCUGACUCAAUUGAAUCAUAAAAUCCAAUUAGAGAGGCAUUAGUAGAUCAGCAGUUAAAUCUAAUAUUUCACCAGUUUCAACAACAUGACUAAGCCACUCAAUAUUUCUCACAAGGAGUCAGCCUUCACUUUAAAGAUCUAAAAUCUCGAUGAGACGGCACCAGGCAAUGAAACUUAAGAUUUGUACAAAUCUUUCUCAAUGCCCUCUCCAGGACUAAGACCUAUCCUUAUCAACAAAUCCAGAUUAAAUUCAGAAGACAUCAUUGAGUCUAAGUUUGAGAAGCAGGUCAAGACUAGACUGAUCCUGAAUUCCUCAGCCUAAUUUUAAAAGGGAAAACAACUUUAGAUUCAUAAAACUUGCUUAGAUCUGAAUGUAAGUGGGUCAUUUUAGCAUCAAAACAAUAACUCUUAAGUCAAGCCAAAUGUGCCUAAACUUUAAUCAGAUAAUAAGUUCUUAAUCUUGGACAAGUCUAAGUACACCAACUUUACCAAGAAAUUCAAAGACUUUUUGAAGAAUCAGUAGACUAUGGAUGAUUAAAGCACAAAAUCAAACUCAAUUAGCCCUAAAAAGCUAAACUCCUAAGCCAAAAACAUGGAAUUACAAACAUUAGUGAUCAAGAAAAAGAUGACUAAAUUACUCAACUUCAAUCCCUAAAUUCUUGAGAAGUGA